GGCACGGCCGCCUCGGGGCGGGCGGCGGCGGAGGCGCUGCGGGGCGCUCCCGCCAUCCACCCCGCCGCGAACAUGGCGACCGGCGGCUACCGGAGCGCCGGCGGCAGCACCACGGACUUUCUGGAGGAGUGGAAAGCCAAGCGGGAGAAGAUGCGGGCCAAGCAGGCGCCGACGGGCCCGGGGGCUGCGGCGGCGGGGGCCGAAGCCAGGCCGGCGGCGAGCCCUGCCCCGGCCGAGCCGCACCACCACCUGCCCGCCGCCCUGCCGCCCGAACGCGGCGCGCCCCCCGCCGGCGGGGCCGCCAACUGCCUCGGCCCGGGCCGCGCCGCCCCCGGCAAGGAGCCGCCGCCGCAGGGCCCCGCUGCCGGCAGGGAGCCCGCCAAGCAACCGCCCGCCGCCGCCUCCGCCGCGCCCGGCUCCCCCGAGGGCGAGGAGAAGCCGGCGGCCAAGGGGAAGAGCUCCGGCCCCAGCGCCAGGAAGGGGAAGGGGCAGAUCGAGAAGAGGAAGCUGCGGGAGAAAAGGAGGUCCACAGGUGUGGUGAACAUCCCGGCUGCCGAGAGCCUUGAUGAAUAUGAAGAUGAUGAAGCAGGGCAGAAGGAGCGAAAGAAGGAGGAUGCUAUCACCCAACAGAAUACGAUACAAAAUGAGAGUUCCAGUGCAGAUUCCACUGGAUCGUACUUAAUACAGGACUCCUCCAGGAUGGUUUCAAGCAGAUAUAAAAGUACAGGUAAUGCUCCAGAAGAUGAUGCUCUAAAUAGAUAUUCCCGAACAGAGAGGACAACUUACAGCAGAUACAGCAGGGAUGCAAACUCUUCUGGGAGUUCUGUACCAAGUAAUGCUUUGGAAAAGAGAAUUGAGGAACUUGAAAGGGAACUUGCAAAGGAGAGACAGGAAAAUGUAAGAUUAAUGAAGAUGACACAGGAUAAAGAGGAAGUAAUUGGAAAACUGAAGGAAGAAAUUGAUUUAUUAAACAGAGACCUAGAUGAUAUAGAAGAUGAAAAUGAACAAUUGAAACAAGAAAAUAAAACCCUCUUAAAAAUUGUUGGACAGCUGACAAGGUAGAAGAUUCAAGCCUCAAUGAGGAAAGAUUUAAAAACUACUGAUUGAAUGUUAAGGUCAAUAUAGUAAUACUUCCUGUGUUGCAGUAUGUUAUAAUAACUGUCUUUAUAUUUAUUGUUAGGAAACCAGAUGAAUGUUUAUUUUCGUAGUACUUUCUUCUUGCAAUGGAUGGCAUCAAAACUGGGGUUAUAUCUUUAGCUUUCAUUUCAUGGAAGAAUGAUGAAAUUUUUGUCAUAUUACAAAAUCCUAAAUUCAGAAAUUUGGGGGUUUUCUAUCUUCAGAUUACAUCAGGAUAUACUAGGGUAGUUUAAAACUCAUAGCACCAAGAUCACUUUCAGUCCAUGUGGGUGUAUAUUUUUGAAACGAAUGAAAGCAAUACAAAGAAGCUUUGUUUACACAGAUCCAAAAUAUAUUUUUUGUGAAUUAUUUCCUUUUUCGUUUCAGCAGCUGUAAAGUGGAUGCCUUAUUACUGAUGUAUAACAUUUUGCAGAUUGAUUACUUGCUCUAAAAGCUCUUGUAAUGUUGAGAGUUAUUUUUUACUGUAUCUGAAAGACUGACAGUAAUAGAGUAGUAGCGAUAUUUUUCUGUAUAGCAGUAUUUUGUCAGGAGGGGGAGUUUUUAUUAAUAAAAUAAAUCACCUGUGGUAUCAGCAUUAAUGAGUUCUUAGAAUCACGUUGAAGUUGUGCACUGCAGUUUAUUUUAAAGCUUUUGCUUUAGCAAUGAAAUGCAAUUUUGCUAUCAACCAGUAAAUUUGUGUGCUGUGAGAAUACAAACAAAGCCUGGAGCUUUCAUCUUCGCAAAGACACUUCUGCAAUGCAUUGCUGUUUAAAAGCUGUUGUUUUAAGAUUUGUAGUGAUCAUAACCAAUGUGAGGUUUGCAAUGCUUCCAUUUUUAAGCUGGGUCAGAUUUUUUGUACGUAUGUAAGAAAGUAGAGAGGAGUACAAGUGGUUUGCGGCCUUUUGAGACAUCGAACGGUUUUAUAAAAACAACCUUUUAUACUUGAUUUUAAACUAACAAAGCGUUUAAGAAGUGCCUGUUUAAAUGUUACAAUCUGCUUAUGACUGCAUACUGAUUCUUCUAUAAUAUGACAGUAAAUUUUCACUUGAUAUAAAACGCAGAUUUAAUUAAUAGUUUACUUCUUAAAAUUCCUUUUAGGCUGAAAUUUGAUGUACUUUAUUUCACUUCAAUACAACAUCUAUUUCAUUCGUAAUCAGAAUUAAUAUAUUUCAUUUGAGUCAGAAGACCUGAAUGAAAAGCAUUUCAAAGAGUCCAGGCUUUUUCUUGCCAAUUUUGAAGUUUGGUGCAUGCACGUAGCUUUUGUUACAUUAAAACUUAAAGGCAACUUUAAUAUAUAUCAGAUUUGCCAAUUGUUUCCAUGCAAUAUACUUAAUGGCUGGAAGAGAUUCUUGAACUUCAAAUUCAGGAAUUACUGUUAUGCCUUGGAUUGUUUUGACUACAGAAUUUUACAUUUGUGUAAUCUAACGAGGAAGAACUUUUUGGAACUUUAAAGGAUUUUUCAAGAAGUAUUUUUGAAGAUAUUCCAGGUUGCCUUCAAGUUUUUCUUCAUAAAGGAAGAGAUAUCCCAUGGGACAGAAUUUAAAAUGUUACCUCAAGUUUUUGAAUGCAAUGGAGGGGGGAGGUGUAUUGGCCCUCUAAACUAUGAUAUUCAGCAGUGAAUAUCUGUCUUAAUAUUAGCCAAACAGUAAGAAGUCCCUUCGUUUAUCACUUCCAUAAAGUUAAUUGAAAGUCAUAUAAUCAUUUGAGUUGUAUGCCUUCUGAAUAAAUACAAAACUUUCUCUGGAAGAAUAUUGGAUUUCCUUCUGUGCGUGCUGAGUAGGAAAUACAUAUACAGGUCUAAGAUGUGGGAUGUGAAGAUCAUUGAAAAAUUUCUGAGGUCUUAAUUCAGAAAGAUAGAUAGUAAUCUGAAGUUGUAAAUCAGGUGUUUCAUAAGCUGUAUGUCACAUACAUUUUAAACCAAAGAAGAAUGAUGACGAAGAAUACAAACAAGAAUUGUCGUCAGAUUUACCUCUUUUUGGUUUGCAUGUGUAUUGAAUAAAACUUAGCAGCAGAAACCCCAAAAUUAGUAUUUUUUUUUUAAUCUGGACACGCAGUUGUGAUGAUACUAUUUGGCUGAAGACCUAUGAUACCAUACCUUGAAGGGGCAAAGGAAGUUUCCAAAUAUUUGGAAACAGUAGUCCUUCAGGCAGAAAGUGUGAACAAUGGAACUGUUGAGAAUUCACACCUAAAGUUACUUCAGAACAUUAUUGUUUGAUUUGUAUACAGAUGUUCUGUAUACAAAUAUAAAAUGCUUCAUCGUACUAAAAAUACCCACAAAUUGUAUCUUUAAUCAUAACAUUUAUGCUGACCUUUGUGAAGAGUUGAUGGCUUUUUGAAAAGCCUGUUUCAAUAAUAAUUUCUUACUGCUUAUGUUAUCAGUCUCUUGGGAGUUUACUAGACUCUAGAAUAAUGGUAUAUUACUUAGAAUGUUAUUAAUCACCUAGUCAUUGCUUGCCAUUAUAGUUUUAUUUCAGUAGGGUGUCUUUAAAAUCAAGCUCAACCAUAGAAUAAGUUUUUCUCCUAGGUGAUUCAAAUAUGUUAACUUAGCUGCUUUGCCAUCAAUUCAGUAACGAGUGUCCCCACGCUCUCCAAACCAACACCUCAGUUGUUCUCAGCUGACACACUGCUGCAAGUGGGAACCAUCUCAAGUGGGAAGGCUGUAUGAUUCCUGGAUCAUACCCGGGCUAAAUUAACAUACCUAGUGUAAGUUAGAGCUUUUUUUGGAAGGGGGCAUUACUAUGUAAUAUUUACUGGAUGGAUGACUUUCUUGGAGAUUUCUGAACUUUCCUAUCUUAUAACUUGUACCAGACUUGCCUAGGUCACAAGCAUCUGUGUUUCCAGGUAUACUUGAGUCAUCCAGGAAAUUGAAACAGAAAGAAAUCCCUGUUGACUAAAGCAAAUGACAGAAAAUGUUUUAAUAACAAACAGCACACAAUACCUGUUUAAAAAACACAAAAUUAUACUCUUUUUAUGGUCAUCUACUGUUGUAUAGAAGACAGACAAGGAAAUUCAACACUGUGCAUUUUUUCAGUUUAAAAUAAUUAAGUAGCCAUGUUUAAGUGCAGUGUUACUUGUUAUAUAUAUUAACCAAAAGAGUACAAUAUUUGCAAAUGAGUGGUUUUUCUCUGUCUUAAAACCAAAAAUUUUGUGCUAAUAACCUGAUUUGUAUUUACAUGUUCUGAGUUUAAUAUAUUUCUCUUGGCUCUGAAUUUGAUUGAAAAAAAGAGGUUUAAGAGAAACGAAUGAGGGAAUUUCAAGGUAGGAAGCAGAACCUAAUGAUUUGGUGUUUUAUUAUUCAGCUGUACUGAGAAUCAGCUGUGGGAGGACCUGUGAUUGGCAUAAGCAUUACAAAGAGAGACAGGAAUUAAAGUACAUUGGAAAAGGAGGGAUUAAUCUGCAUCAAAGUUUUUUUCUGUGUGUCAGGUAAUAUUACAACUUGGAAACUUGCUACUGUUAGAUCAGAAGGAAUACUGGAGAUCAAAUUACUUUUUAACCCAUUGCUAGGAGAGCAGAGUUACACUGACUUCAGGUAUUUCAUAUCUUUCUGUAAGUUUUUUGUGUCUAUUUCCAGCUUGAAUUCAAACAAAUCAGUAUUAGUAGCCCAGAGGAGGGGUAAUUAUUGGUGAAACAGACUAUACACACAUAUGACUGGUCAGUAUUUCUUGAGUUUAAACCCUUUUUGAAGAUGUCAGUUCAGUUCAUCCAUUUUCAUCAGUAUUAACCAUCGUAAACAUCUGUCAGUUGUAGUAACAGCCAUUUUAGUAAGAAACAGCCAUUGCAAGCCAUGACUUACACAUGUACAAUAAAAUAAAUCUGUGCUACUUCCUUAGUUCUGAGACAAAGGAGCUAAGACUAUAUUUUAAAAAUCUGUUAAGACAAGCAAGAAAAUGAGUUCUACAUCUUGUCUCAUAAUGUGAUAUGGAUCCUCUUUGCUGACAGUUCACUACAGAUCUGUUCCAAAUCAAUCAUUCCAGUUUCAGUACCUCCAUAUGGAGCAUUUCUGCUUGUGUUAUUAAGCAUUUCUGUGUCAUAUAUCCAGGAUAUAAAGGACUUUGAUAUCUGCUUUAUAUACCAUUCCUGAUCUUCAAAGUACGGUGACUUACUGUAUUAUUCUCCACCUGCCAUUUUUCCUUGUACUGCAGCAGGUGUACAUUACACUGUUAAUUUAAUCCUUUUGUUUUUAUUUCUGGAUUUGUGGUGUAACUUUUCUCGUUCGAGGUUUUGGCUAGUUGUAAUUUUCCUGUUCUGAAAAAAUUGUGGUAGUUGACUUUUCCUCUGAAAAAUCUCAUAAUGCAGAGUCAUUUUUAUAAAUAUCCUUUUUAUGCAUUUAAGAAGUUGAAGCACCAUUAAAUACCUGAACACCCGUUUUAGUUUUGAACACUGACUAGUUGUAAUAUCUGUGGUAUCAGAUGAAAUUUGAUGUUGAGAUUUACUAUUGCAGGUAAAAGAUAUGCAUUUAAUCUAACAAUAAAGACUGUGUGCCUUUGUCCAAAUAAAAGAAAAUUCUUUUUAAUCCUGGCUGACUAUUUAUUGUGUUUACAGGAGAAUUAAUGUUAACCUGACUGAAAUUCUAACUGAAUUUGUCAUCAAUAUUGAGAAGCACCCAAACUGAGGAUUUUUUCUAACAUUCAGAUGAAAGUGUGCAUGUCUACACACAUGAGAAAAAUCUGUGUGUUUUUACUGUACUA